AUGCCCAAGGUCAAGAGCUACUCAGCUCCGUGGCUGUCCCAUGGACCCGGCCAUAACUUGUUCGCGCCCUCGAGCGACGCUGCCUCCAAGGCGUUGAGCGCGCCGUCGCCCUACACAUCCAAGAAGAAGAAGGCUCCUGGACCGAGACGAACGAUUGCGAGACGAGGCACCGAGGUGUUUGUCGCUGUGGGCAAGGAAUUGCGAUGGGGCGACCUAGCAUACCUGAAAGACAAAUGGUCGACGAAGUAUGCGCACCGUCGCAUGGGCAGCCGCGUCAAGUGGGAAGACUCGGCGCAGGCGUUCGACGACGAAGCGAUUCCCUCGACGGAGGAGGCGGCUACGGCUCAGGGCUUCCGGACCAUCAAAAUCCCCGUUGCGGACGACAUUCGUCAGCUCGUCAUCUCCCCUAACUCCGACUUCCUUGCGAUUUUGACAACGCACACCGUUCAUAUCUGCGUUGUUCCCGACUCCUCCCAUCUCACAGCUGAGGACACCGGGCCCCUGCGACCCAAGAUCUGGACGCUGGGACCUACGACCCACGUCACUUCGCGAUCCUCCGUCGCCUCGGCUGUCUGGCACCCUCUCGGAGUCAAGGGCUCUUGUCUGGUCACCGUCACGACUGAUGCUAUCGUGCGGGUAUGGGAACUGUCUCUUACGGAUCGGUGGUCGUUCGACUCUCCUACACUUUCAAUCGACCUCAAGAAACUGGUGGACGGCACGACCCUGGACCAAGACUUCACAGCAUCAACAGCUGCUACAAAUGCUAGCUUCUCGCAGUAUUCGCUGGAGAUGCAGGUCGCCUCGGCGUGUUUUGCUAGUCGCGGCUCCGGUGGAUGGAGUCCCAUGACUCUCUGGGUCGCCAUGAGAGAAGGCGAUGUCUACGCGCUAAGUCCUUUGCUGCCCCAAAAGUGGGCGCCGCCUCCGACCUUGAUCCCCUCGCUAUCUGUUUCCAUCGUCUCCAAGGUGGCUGCCUUGGAGGAUGACCCUGCCGUGUCUGAAAAAGAUAAACUCCUCGCUCAGCAACAGCUCGAGUGGAUGGGCGAUUUGGAUUCCCAAGAGCCUCAGGUCCUCGACACAGCGCCGGGCGAGGAAACCGUUGAGGUCUACACACGCCCGUCCCGGCCGGGUGUCAUCCCAAGGCUCCAGGGCCCGUUUGAAUUUGACGCCGAUCCCGAAAGCGAGGACGCCGGGGAUGGUCUGCUGACGGACAUCCUUGUGAUUGGGAAGAAGGUUGAUACCGACGACCUGAUGAUGGGUGAGGACGAAGACCUUGACUUCGACGACGGUGAUCAGGAGGGCCUUUCGCUAUCGGUCAUCUGCCUGCUGUCCACCACUGGCCAGGUCCGCGUCUACCUGGACUUGGAGGGCGUCGAAGCACAAUGGCUCCCGCCUCGAAACAAAUCCAAGCUCGGACGUCUCUUGUCCGCUGCCGACCCACCCUCUCUGUUGGCGUUCCAGUGCAUCGACACCAUGACGGGGAGUGAAAUGAACGACGACGCGUGGCCAACUUUUUCUUCGGAUGUCAUGUCACGCUACUCGCUUUUUGUCACUUCUUACGUCGGCAUCACUUUUCUCUCCUUUUCUCCCUGGGUCUUCCGCCUUGAGGGGGAGCUCUCGGGAGAGUCAGAGGCUGGCUCUGACUUCCGUCUCGGUCUCCUUGUCAAUGGGCAGAACUCUAUCAGAGAACGACUGUACACCCAUUCUUCGUCCGACGUCAAUGUGCCGCUCGCCGCAUCCGUCGCCAUCCGCGACCCGGACUUGGGAUACUUCCUGCUUUCGGCCACUCCGUACGAACCGAUCGCCUUGACGUUCGACACGCCCGAGGACGAAUUUUCGCCUAUCCGCCAUGAAACACCGUUUGAAGAGAAACCCGCUACUAUGGAGCCCCUGGACUUUUACGAACCUCGCCCAACUUUCCAGCCGUCGCACGCUUUCGAGCAGCAAUCCGACCUCCCUGAGCUGAUCAACAGACUCCGCAGCUCUCGCCACAAAACCAUCUUGAACCAGGAAAUUCGGUUGUCGCCAGUCACACUCCAGAUUCUCACAGAUGCCCACCGCAUCCUGGGAGAGGAUACAUACCGCCUUGGUACGGCCGUGGCAGAAAUCUUCCGCCGCUGCGCUACUCUCCAAGAUGAGCUGAAGGACCAAAUCAAGAAAGCGAACGAGGUUAAAGAAAAGAUCGAUAAGAUUGCGGGCAACGACAAGGAUGGGGAGGGCGAAAGUGACGAUGUCAGAUUCGAAAGGCGCAUUGCUGAGGCGCAAGCGCGCCAAAAGCGGCUCAACGAGAGGCUGGAAGGCGUCCGCAAGUAUGUUGGCAAGGCUGCGACCAGGGAGCUCAGUGCGAAGGAAAAGGCUUUUGUGGAGGAGGUCAGGAGCAUGGAGGCCAGCGUGCUGGGAUUAUCCUCAGAAGACAGUCCGGGAGCAAGACAGCAGAAGCAGCUGAGGAAACGUUUGGAGGAUGUGCAACGACUUCGGGACGAAUUGUUGGGAGAAGUGGAACGGAUACAGAAACAAAGCGAGGGCAAGGACGGGAAGGAUUCGUCGUCGUCGUCGACGGUAUCGGAUCUCAAGAUCCCGACAGAGAUCCGCAAGGCCAAGUUGCAGCAAGUCAUGUCUCUCCUCUCGCGCGAGACGGCCCUCGUUGAGGCUGUCAGCUCGCGGCUGGAGCGUCUUCAGACGUAG